AAUCAGCUGAUACUGGAGGUGUUUUGAUGGAAGUUGCUGUUGUUUGUGGAGAGUUUUUAUUCCUUCUCUUCAAUUCAUUAUAAAGACACAAUCAAGCGAUAAAAGGAAUUCGGUGGACUUUGAAUAUUAGCUAAGUGACACGGUUGUAAUUUAAAUUCAUAGCUGCCUGUAUUGCUAUUGAGUUCUCGAUAAUGAAGAAAAUAGCAACGUAGCUGACGUUAGUCAACGCUUUGAGACGUUCUUUGUUUAUGUUGUGCCAGACAAAGCUGCAGUGUUUGGUUUCGUCUUUUUGAAGAUCGUUUAAUAUUUGUUUAUAAUUGUGAGUGAAUAUCGAUUACAAUAACGUUACAGGGGAGCUAAAUAAUGUUAACGAUAGCUAGCUAGCAUAACUACAAGUUACCGACAAUUGUUGUCAAGCCGCUGAGUUGUCCUGUAUAGUCUGAUCAUAAGCGAGACAGCUGAGAUCUUUAGAUAGUGACGAGUGUGGAAAGACUUCAGUCUAGUUGUUGUGUGGUCGUCAUUUUCGCAUCACUCAGUCAGUCAGCUCAUCUGCGACCUGUUGGUAGAACUAGCUAACGUACAUGUCAGCCACCAACCUGAGUCUCAGUUGGCUUUGUGUGUAACGUAGCAAGUUGGUUGCGCAAUUCCUGUAUGCUAGCUACUUGUCAGCAAGGAUCACUUCAUAUGCUAACAGUAAUCGCUCGUCGCUAAAUAUUAUGUGUCUUGGUCUCUGAGAACCUACCAUUUGUCCCGCUGUCAAUAUAUUUCAUGGUGUUUUAUGUAAAGCCGUAUUGUUUAUGAAUGAAGUAUUUAUUGUGUUAACUUCAUAUACUUGUAUAGAAACAAUAGGAGUGUUUAAGAAUAGGAUUAGGCAGUUUUACUAUUAAAGAAAGGUCCAGUUCAGGCAGAGAACCUUGUUGAAAAUCCUUCUCCCUACUCGCCAAUGCUGGAUCUGGAAGUUGUUCCUGAAAGAUCUUUAGGAAAUGAACAAUGGGAAUUCGCGUUAGGGAUGCCAUUGGCCCAGGCCAUUUCCAUUUUACAGAAACACUGCCGCAUCAUCAAGAAUGUCCAGGUUCUUUACAGUGAACAAACACCACUUAGUCAUGACCUCAUACUCAACUUGACUCAGGAUGGAAUUAAACUGCUGUUUGAUGCCUGUAACCAGAGACUGAAGGUGAUUGAAGUAUACGACUUGAGCAAAGUUAAAUUGAAAUACUGUGGAGUACAUUUCAACACUCAGGCUAUAGCACCCACCAUAGAGCAGAUUGAUCAGUCCUUUGGCGCCACACACCCUGGAGUAUACAAUGCUGCAGAGCAACUGUUCCACCUGAACUUUCGAGGACUCUCCUUCUCCUUCCAGCUUGACUCAUGGAAUGAAGCUCCCAAGUAUGAGCCUAACUUUGCCCAUGGCUUGGCCUCCCUGCAGAUUCCACACGGGGCCACAGUGAAACGGAUGUACAUCUCCGCUGGGAACAACCUACAGGACACCAAGGCCCCAGUGAUGCCCCUUGCCUGUUUCCUUGGCAACGUUUAUGCAGAGUGUGUGGAUGUGCUGAGGGAUGGGGUGGGGCCACUUGGUCUGAGACUUCGCCUCCUCACUGCAGGAUGUGGGCCCGGGGUGAUGGCAGAUGCCAAGGUGCGUGCCGUGGAGAGGAACAUUUACUUUGGAGACUCCUGUCAGGAUGUGCUGAGCGCUCUGGGCUCACCACACAAAGUAUUCUACAAGUCUGAAGACAAGAUGAAGAUCCACUCUCCGUCACCUCACAAGCAGGUCCCGUCCAAAUGCAAUGACUACUUCUUCAACUACUUCACCCUGGGGGUGGACUUACUCUUUGAUUCUAGCACACACCUGGUGAAGAAGUUUGUCCUUCAUACUAACUUCCCCGGCCAUUACAAUUUCAACAUAUAUCAUCGAUGCGAUUUCAAGAUUCCACUUGUCAUCAAGAAAGAAGGUGCUGCCGCUCAAGGGGAGGACUGCACCCUCACUACCUACAGCAAGUGGGAUCAGAUUCAGGAGCUGCUUGGACACCCCAUGGAAAAGCCUGUCGUGCUCCACAGGUCAUCCUCGGCAAAUAACACCAAUCCCUUCGGCUCUACAUUCUGUUUUGGACUACAGCGAAUGAUCUUUGAGGUGAUGCAGAACAACCACAUAGCUUCAGUGACCCUGUACGGAGCCCCCAGACCCAGCAGCAGGGCCAGAGCCGAGGCCAUCGGCCACUGAACAGCAUCUCACUGGUGCCCCAGACCCCAACCCAUACCCUGCCUGAGGGCUGUCUCUCCACCGCUCCACACCAGCCCUGGGCUGAUCAGCAGUGUACUCUCUGUCUCAGCCACUGCCAUCUUCACACCAGAGAGGCCCGCUAGAAGCUCCUCUGGACCCAUCUGCCCCUGUGUGACGGGCGCCUCAUGCAGGGUCCUGCUAGGAGCCUUACGGCAGCCAUCAUCCCUUCUCCCUCUGACUGACCCUGUCCCAAUGCUCUUCAUCAUCAGAACACUUGUUAGAUGUGUUGACAGUGUACAUUUGUAUGCCUGUGAGCAGAAACAAAUGCUCACCUUCUUACACAAACGAGCACCUGCAUGCAUGCAGUAGUUUUUUUUAAUUGAAAUUUUAAUACAUGAUUAACAUGCAUCAGAAACAGAUACCAAAAGCCUGCCACAGACACCAAAACCAUUUCAAUCCUUUCUCCACUAUAUGUUCAUGUUACCGAUUUUAAAACACAUGCAUAUGGAUGCAGGCUCAUCUGCAACACUAACACAUUACGUACAUAAAUUCAUACACAGACAUAUACACAUACAGAAACAACCAUGCAUGCACAUCGACAUAAACCAAUGCAUGCACACACAAACAAACAAUUGCAUGAACAUAGUUUUUAUUUGUAAGAUUACAAGCACAAACUGGCCACACCUUGGAGUGUCCUAGUGCUUUGCAUGCUGUGAGGGUACUGUCUUGGUACAUGAACAAACACACAUACUGGCCCACACACACACACAUCCAUACACUCAUGCCAUGACCAAGUCCACAGCAUAAGCCACCUCCUAUUGCAAGGCAAUGAAGCACCAAAUACAUUUAUAGUUUAUUUUGUGUUUUUGCAUGGAACGAUAAAAACAUUAGUUUUGACAUUUGCACUAAGAUACACCAUAUUUACUUGAUUCUUGUCUCCUAUCCACUGCGGAUUGUGUAUUUUGUUUCCAUUAGUGAUGACUGAGGAAAGGCUCCUGCUCCUCUGUCACCUGAAAAGCCAUGCUUCCUUCCUUCCAGAUGUACACCAUCUCCUCCAACAUCCACUGCUACCACUGUCCUUUACAACCUCCCCCCAUGCGCUCUCAUCAUUGCUCCCGUUCGCCAUCCAUUUCCCUGAUCUCUUUUUCUAUUCACAAUAGAUAUCUAAAUGAGUCCAGCUAAACCCCUUAGAUGUACUUCAUCAUUGCUGUCAUUCAUUAUCAUUUGUUUUGUUAAUUUGCCAACAUUUUAGCCAAAGAUGUUUUAGCAUGUUUUAAGUUAUUGUCAUUUUAGUUUGUUGUCAACUUGACCUCUUGCCUAGAAGAGCUGACAUUCCCUCCUAACACAAGAUAAUUUUUUAUUGCAGGCCCCAGAACCAUAAUCUUGAUCUCAUCUUAGUACUUCUUGAAUAUAUGUUCUUUAUAAUUGCUUUGUGCUUUUUAGUGCAGAUCUUUUAUCAUUCAGUUUUUACUCUAACCAAGAUGUCUUCUAUAUGUGUAGCAGUCUCUUCUGGUGUUCGAUGUUUGUACAGAUUUGUAAAUAGUGUGCCCUUUUCUUUUGGCUUGUCAUUUUAAGAUAAUGGUACGAUGUGGGCCUGAAUUGUUUUAAGGUCAGAGCACACGCCAGACACACAUAAAGACACUUCUAUUACAUAGGAAUUCUGUUUGAUGUCUCUCCCCCCCUAGUGGAGAGAGCACUGUCUGGCUCCUUAACCCUGGGCCUGAAUGGGUCAUUCAUCUCUAUAGCUCAGCUUUAACCACUAUUAAUACUAGAGACCGAUGCUGAAGAUGGGAUAUAUCAGAGACAAAGAUGGAUAGGGAAGGUAGCCCUGUACACUCUGUUUAGAACCCCCGGAUGUGUGUGUGGUCAGUCGCCCUGUUAUAGUGGGUUGAUCAUGUACUGGUGCUAGAACAGAGGUAUUGUUCGUGUUGUUGUUCUGUCACAGGUGGCUGGUUUGCCUGUCGGCCCCACUCAGACCAGCCCUCAGCUUUGCAGCGUGUGAUGCAGGCGUAUUACAUGGGCAUUGUUUAUUCUGUUACAUUGACUUGUUUCAUGAGUUGCGAUGAAAAAAGCCUGUACUGCUGUUGAUGUUAAAAUGAUACCCAUUUGCUUUGUUCAAGUAGUAUACAACAACAAAAAAGCUACAAUCCUUUGUUAACGUUGUGCCUCAUUUCCCACCAAGCCUGUCUUGACUUCUUUCUGUAAAUGAAACUAUUGAACAGCAUUGAGUAUGACUGAGCAUGACGAGCUAACAUGAUCGACUGACUGUCACCCAUAGGCCAUCAUUUUCCUCUCGCUCCAAAAAAAAACAUGACAAAUUGUAGAAUAAAGACUUGAUGUACAGUGCAGGUCCUGAGCUCAGUCAUGAAGGGCUAAUCCUCAUCUCAACAACCCCUGGUGUUCUGAUUAGAAGAUUUGCACAAUACACAAUACAUUGUUUUGGUUUGUUCUAGUUGCUGGACACAGAAACAUGUAUAUCACUGAACAUCUCAUAGCAAGACUAUGGUUUUAACAUCAGUCUGACCGUCAUCGCCGGCCAACCCUUCAUGACCUGAGCUACACACACUGGUUGUUGGAGUUCCAAUGCAAUGCAAUCCCGGCCGGGUACAUUUGUUGCAUCUGAUAUAACUCACUGUAGAUGAGUUUGCAUCUAUAUUAGCGAGCAAACAAAUGCAACACAACUGAUGUUGUGGUAACGUUACUGGAAUGUUACUGCUGAGCAUGAGCUGGGCUGUGUUAGCCCAAUCUCAGGUGGACAUAGAUCUUGUUUUAAAUGCCAGGAGAAAAGGAAUGCUUCCUUUUCAGCUGUUGGCUUUGGCUGUUUUAUUUCCUCUCAAUUGAUCCUAUUUUUGCAUUGGAUUGAAUUAAUGACUGUAAUUAAGACUGUAAUUAUAAAUGAACAACUUCAGUUGAGUGUAAUACUCUAUUAAUGCUAUGUAUUGUCUCCCUUUACAUUGUAUGUUUUAUCCCCACUCCCCAAAGUAGUUAUUUUAGGUGGAUUCAGUCAAUUUAACCCAGUUCUGGAAAUGGGAGUUAUCCUUAAUUCAACAUGUGAAUCAAAUUAAUUGGAAUCUGGUGUCAUAUUUUGGAUAACUUUACUUCUGUACAAUAAAGAACAUGUAGAUCAACAUUAUCAAGCAUGUCAUAAAAAGCAAUAACCGUUGCUACGGUGAAUCAGAACGGUCUGCUUAAAGCUUGCACAAUGCUCCUGAAUGAUGCAAGAAUGCUGUGAUUAAGAUGAGCUCCUCAUAAAAUCUACUGUCAUACUCAACAUUUGAAUUUUAUAAAAUUGCUCAUUCUGAAUUUUGUUAAUAAAAAAAAAAAUCCUGUUACUGUGUGUACAAAAAGGAUAUGAAAAUGUUGAUGUAAUAAAUAUGACAAAAGUC